AUGGCGCCGUCGACCUGUUUUCAUUGCAAUCAGGCUCGCGCAGUCAUUAUUCGACCCAAAAAUCGACAAAAGCUUUGUCGCGCCUGCUUCCUCCAGAUCUUCGAGACCGAAGUCCACGAAACAAUCACCGGCGCCCGCCUCUUCCACCCCGGCGAGCGCGUCGCAAUCGGCGCCAGUGGCGGCAAAGAUAGCACCGUGCUCGCGGCUGUUCUGAAGACACUAAACGAGCGAUACGACUACGGGCUGGAUCUUUGUCUGUUAUCGAUCGACGAGGGUAUUCGCGGCUAUCGUGACGACAGCCUGGAAACCGUCAAGCGCAACGCCGUGCAAUAUGACAUGCCACUUGAGAUAGUGGGGUACGGCGAAUUGUACGGAUGGACGAUGGACCAGGUGGUGGAACAAAUCGGCAAGAAAGGCAACUGCACGUACUGCGGCGUCUUUCGGCGACAGGCGCUCGACCGGGGCGCGGCGCGCUUGGCGAUCAAGCAUGUUGUCACCGGGCACAAUGCGGAUGAUGUUGCGGAGACGGUCAUGAUGAAUCUGUUGCGGGGGGACGUGCCCCGCUUGUCUCGCGGGACUAACAUCGUCACUGAUUCGGCCGCUUCGGAGAUCAAACGCAGCAAGCCGCUCAAGUAUGCAUAUGAGAAGGAGAUUGUCCUUUAUGCGCAUCACCGUCAGCUGGACUACUUCAGCACCGAGUGCAUUUAUUCUCCGGAGGCGUUUCGUGGCAGUGCACGCACUCUGAUCAAAGACCUGGAGAAGAUCCGCCCCAGCUCUAUUCUGGAUAUUGUCAAGAGCGGCGAGGAUAUGGCAGCGCUUGUUCCGCAGGAAGGGUCCCAGAGUGGGAAAUCAAGACAGGCUGCGGCUGCGGCAGAGGAUGAGUCGGCUGGCGGCUGCGGUAGCCAGAACGGGCGAUCCAGCGGCGGCGAGAUGGCGGCGAUGGAGAAGGAGCUAGCGGCCAACGACGCGGCCGAGUCGCGCGAGACAGAAAUCGGACUUUCGACCAAGUCGUUCCGACCGACGGGCAAGCUGGUCAAGAUACAAACCAUGGGCUAUUGCGAGAAAUGCGGCUAUAUCUCUAGCAACCGAGUCUGCAAGGCCUGCUCGCUUCUGGAGGGUCUCAAUCGGAACCGACCCAAGACUGCUAUUGAGGUCGGCGUAGGCAUAGAAGACGAGGAAAGCAGCACGACCUUAAUCCGGCAGAUGGAGCGCACUCAUCUGACGAAUAGCUGA